UGCACUCCAACUGUGACUCGUAUAUCUGCCCCGACCGCGUCCUUCCUCUGAGCGAUCUCGCUCGUACAUGAUCUUCACGCAAAACACUCGCGACGAGUGAGCUCUUUUCCCGGGUUUCUUUUCUCUACUCACAUUUAUAUCCCACCAUCAGCUACCUCAGCGACCUUGUUUUCUCUCUCCUCAGUCAUUAAGACCGCCAUGUUUGCUCGGACUAUCACCCGUGUUCCUCGCUUUUACCGAGGCCUUGCCACGCAUGCCAAUAUCCAAGGCAACACGUCGAUUCCGGCUGCGCUGCACCUGAAGACGGGCCAGUCAUUUAAGGGACGCUCUUUUGGUGCACCGUGUAGUGUCUUCGGCGAGACCGUGUUCUCCACGUCGAUCACGUCUUACACGGAGUCAAUGACGGACCCGUCAUACCGCGGACAGAUCCUCGUCUUCACUACACCGCUCAUUGGCAACUAUGGCGUCCCGCACAACCGCACGUCCGUAGAUUCCCAAGAUGUAGGAGUCGUGCUCGAGUCCGAGUCUAUCCAGUGUGCCGGUGUCGUCGUUGCAGACGUGGCAGAAAAAUACUCGCAUCACGCCGCCGCUGAAAGCCUGGCCGCAUGGUGCGCCCGGUUCAACGUUCCCGGCAUCACAGGUGUCGACACCCGCGCCAUCACGCGUCUUCUUCGUGAUCAGGGCACUACCCAAGGCCGCCUCGCCAUCGGGCCCGACGCGAGCCUGCCCCCGCCAAAUCCAGAGGAGUACUGGGAUCCCACGAAAGAAAACCUUGUCGCGCAGGCCUCGACCAAGACCCCCUACGAACUGAACCCUUCGGGCGACGUCAAGAUCGCGGUGCUCGACUUCGGCGCGAAGGCGAACAUCCUGCGCUCGCUCGUGCGGCGGGGCGCGGCGGUGACGGUGCUGCCGUGGGACUACGACUUCAACACGAUCCGGGACAAAUACGACGGGCUGUUCCUCUCGAACGGGCCCGGCGACCCCGCACACUGCAUGCCCGCCGCGCUGCACCUGCGCCGGACGCUGCGCGAGUGGGACAGGCCGAUCUUCGGGAUCUGCAUGGGCCACCAGGUGAUCGGCAUGGCGGCGGGCCUCGACGCGUACCGGAUGACGUUCGGGAACCGCGGCCACAACCAGCCCGUGCUCGCCCUGGCGUCGUCGGGCAGCAUCCGCGCGGGCAGAGUGUACGUCACGAGCCAGAACCACCAGUAUGCGCUGCGUCUGCAGGACCCGUUCCCGGAGGGCUGGGAGCCGUUCUUCAUCAACUGCAACGACUCGAGUGUGGAGGGAAUCAAGAGCACGACGGAGAGCGGGAAGAAGGUCUGGGGCGUGCAGUUCCACCCUGAGAGCGCGGGCGGUCCGCUGGACACCAUUGAGAUGUUCACGGACUUCUUGGCUGAGUGCCGGGCGCACAAAAUGCAGCUUGGGCUGAAGACGGGUGAUGUUAUGGGCUCGAAGCAGGAGAUCCCGCAGCUUGCACAGGAAGUGUCCCAGCCGAUUGCUGCGGCUGCAUAACGUGCGUCGACCAGAGGGUUGUGUCCUGUCGUGUCUCCAUUGGUUGUGCUUUGCUUUGCUCAGGAUGUAUGUAUGUGUUACUACGCAACAAAAUAAAUGUCGCUUGUUGCGUGUA